AUGACGUUUUUUUGGGUUACCUGUGUCAGUUUAAGCUGCCGAGGGCGUUUCUUUAAGGGCUCAGAUGACUCCAAAGAUGCUACAGAGGCUGAAAAGGAUGUAGAUUGUGUUGGCUGCAGGAGGAAGAUGGAUCUGGCAGCUUUCCAUGAUCGGUGGUUGCCCUAUAAGUUCCUGUGGGAGAAUGAGAACGUCAAGAAGGAUAUCCACAGUGUGAACCUGACCGAGUCUGAGGCAUCCCUGCGUAGACAUGGCGAGCUGGAGGCUGAGCUGGCUGUGGAGCCGGAUAUGCAAGUUUUUGGCAACUGUCUCACCAUAUCCGUCGAGAAGCUGAAGUUCGGGCUUCUGACGGAGGUGAAGGCAUGCACAUACCGAAUUGGUCAGUUGCUCAAAAAGAAGUAUCAUCGAGAGAUGGACUAUGUGUACGCAGUAAUGAGUGAAAUGGAGCGAAAGCUAGACCGCCAAAUCCGGGACUUGGACGAUGUGCGGCUGGUUAUGGAUACACUCAAGAAGAUUCGGGAGCAGGAGGUUGACAUGGAACUCAGGAUUGAGCCUAUAGAGGGAAAGUUAUUGGCAGCAAGUAUAUCAGUUGUACUGUCGGCCAGUAGGCCAGUCUAUUGUGAAAUCAUGUCGGAUUGUGAUGAAGAAUAUUGCGAAGCUUUUAAUGAAGCAAUUCAAGAUUGUGUUGUACUUUUAAGUGAAGAAUUGCAAUCUGUUUUGAAUAGGAAAAGAGUUUGGGUGAAGAAGUGGGUCGACAGGAGACAUGAAUUUGGUGCAUCUGCAACUCUUUUUCGAGAACUCGCAAUGGAAGAUCCUCUGGAUUUUAAAAGACAUUUACGUAUGAGUGUCGAAAAGUUUGAGGAGCUGCUACAUAUGGUAGAACCCAUAAUUCGUAAGCAAAGUACUCCAAUGCGUAAAGCAUUGACCCCCAGACAAAAGCUUGAAACAACUCUGCGUUUUCUGGCUACAGGUGACAGUUUGCAGUCGCUAUCAUUGCUAUUUCGCAUACCAGCACCUACAAUUUCGAUUUUUUUACCAGAUGUUAUGAAAGCCAUUGUGACCUGCUUGAAGAGCUUUAUGGAGGUACCAAGCACUACACGUGAAUGGGAAAACAUACAAAGAAGCUUCAAUGUAAAAUGGAAUUUUCCAUCAUGCUGUGGAGCCCUCGAUGGGAAGCAUGUCGCGAUAAAAAGACCACCUGGAUCUAGCUCUGAGUUCUUCAACUACAAAGGAGGUUACAGCAUAAUUUUGCUGGCAUUAGUAGAUGCAGAUUACCGUUUUUUGUACAUCGAUGUUGGAUCAAACGGCAGAGCAAACGAUAGCAGCGUCUACCGACUAUCUUCACUAAAGAGAGCUAUGGAUUCAAAUCAGCUUAAUUGGCCGAAUGACUAUGUAAUAGUAGCAGAUGAUGCCUUUCCACUGAGCAUAAAUGUGAUGAAACCCUACUCUAAAAGGAACUUGACACUAGAAGAGCGUUUAUUCAAUUACCGCUUAUCACGGGCUCGUAGGGUUGUUGAAAACGCGUUCGGUAUUUUGGCAUCACGGUUCAGAAUAUUUGAGAAAUCCAUCGAUCUCAACCUUCCAACAGUAGACUUGAUUGUUCAGUGCACAUGCAUACUUCACAAUUGGUUCCGCACUACAUCGUCCACAACUUAUUUGGAAAAAGGAAGCGUCGAUUUUGAGGAUACAGAAACGGGGGUCAUUCACCCUGGAAGAUGGCGGUCAACCCCCACUUCUUUGCCGUCCUUGACCGUUGACCGCUCAACAAACCCUUCCUCUAAAAGUGCGUCUGAUAAAAGAGACAAGUUUGCUACCUACUUCAUAGGUCCUGGUUCCGUCCCCUGGUUUGAUUUUGAAGGGCGUGUUAAAGCCACAACUCUCAAAAAAGAGUCAGCAAGAGUGUACCAGGAGGCAUUCAAUGUCAUCACUCGCUAUGAGCUGCCUGUUGACAGAGAGGAUUUAGAAUUGGUGGAUAACUUGCGCUACUCAUGGCAGCGGCUUCUAGGUCAAGCCAUGGAUGUGAACGUGUUGUUGCUAACAAUGCAACCUCACUUUGAGGAGGACUUGCGGCGGAACCUGGACCGGUUCAGGCAGGAUAACAUCGAGUAUUGUCAUGAGUACAGGACCAGCGGACCCAUGAUGCCAGGACUCACUCCUCGUGAGGCUUCAGACAGGCUCAUACUCUUCCAGAACCGGUUUGAUGGGAUGUGGCGCAAGCUUCAGACCUAUCAGAGUGGGGAGGAGCUGUUUGGUCUCCCACAAACUGACUAUCCAGAGUUGGCUCAGAUUCGCAAGGAGCUCAACUUGCUGCAGAAACUCUACAAGUUGUACAAUGAUGUGAUAGACAGAGUCAGUGGCUACUAUGAUAUCCCCUGGGGUGAGGUCAACAUAGAGGAGAUCAACAAUGAACUCAUGGAGUUCCAGAACCGGUGCCGUAAACUACCAAAGGGUCUCAAGGAAUGGCCAGCAUUCCAUGCUUUGAAGCGCACAAUAGAUGACUUCAAUGACAUGUGUCCAUUGUUGGAACUGAUGGCCAACAAGGCAAUGAAACCUCGGCAUUGGCAGCGCAUCAUGGAGGUCACAAACUACAACUUCGAGUUAGACAGUGAGGGAUUCUGCCUCAAGAAUAUCCUUGAAGCACCUCUCCUCAAGUGCAAGGAGGAUAUUGAGGACAUAUGUAUAUCAGCGAUGAAAGAGAAAGACAUUGAAGCCAAGUUGAGGCAGGUGACUAAUGAGUGGUCAGUCCAUGAGUUGACCUUCAUGUCCUUCAACAACCGUGGAGAAUUGUUGCUGAGAGGAGAUACAACAGCUGAGACUAUUGGCCAGCUGGAAGACAGCCUCAUGGUGCUUGGAUCUCUACUUUCCAACCGGUACAAUGCUCCAUUCCGCAAACAGAUCCAGCAGUGGAUGUUUGAUCUUGGCAACACAAACGAGAUACUUGAAAGGUGGCUGUUGGUGCAGAACAUGUGGGUCUAUCUGGAAGCAGUGUUUGUGGGAGGUGACAUUGCUAAACAACUUCCUAAAGAAGCCAAAAGAUUCAGCAAGAUUGACAAGUCCUGGCAGAAGAUCAUGCAACGUGCCCAUGAGACUCCUGGAGUAGUGUCCUGUUGUGUGGGUGAUGACAUGCUGAAACAGCUGUUACCUCAUUUGCAAGAACAGCUGGAGCUGUGUCAAAAGUCUCUCAGCGGGUAUUUGGAGAAGAAGAGGAUGAUGUUCCCAAGAUUUUUCUUCGUCUCAGAUCCUGCCCUUUUGGAGAUCCUGGGCCAGGCCUCUGACUCCCACACCAUCCAGAAUCAUCUGCUCUCAAUAUUUGACAAUACCAGGUCUGUAAAGUUCCAUGACAUUGAGUACAACAAGAUGACUGCCAUCAUUUCCUCCGAGGGAGAAUCCAUUCAGUUGGAGAGAGCAGUGAGAGCUGAAGGAAGUGUGGAGACGUGGUUGACUUGUCUGCUGCAGACAUCUCAGCAAUCCCUUCAUUCUAUCAUCCGUAACGCUUUUACACAAAUUAACGAUCCCAAUUUCAACUUACUCGGCUUCCUUGACAAGAUGCCAGCACAGAUUGGUAUCCUGGGUAUCCAGAUGAUCUGGACAAGAGAUGCAGAAUCAGCCCUGAUGCAGGCUCGCUCUGACAAGAAGCUGAUGGCAGAGACCAAUAAUAAGUUCCUGGAGCUUCUAAACACUCUAAUAGACCAGACAACACGGGACCUCACUAAACUGGAGCGGAUCAAGUUUGAGACCCUCAUCACUAUCCAUGUUCACCAGCGUGACAUCUUCGAUAUCCUUUGUCGACUGAACGUGAAGUCAGCCAAUGACUUUGAAUGGCUGAAGCAGUGUCGUUUCUACUUCAAGGAGGACAUGGACAAGACUUGGAUUGCCAUCACAGACGUCACUUUCACAUACCAGAACGAGUAUCUAGGUUGUACAGAGCGUCUGGUCAUCACUCCACUCACUGACAGGUGCUACAUCACCCUGGCCCAGGCUCUAGCUAUGAGUAUGGGAGGGUCGCCCUGUGGUCCUGCAGGUACGGGCAAGACAGAGACAGUCAAGGACAUGGGGAAGACUCUGGCCAAGUACGUAGUCGUCUUCAAUUGCUCUGACCAGAUGGACUAUAGAGGUCUUGGCAGGAUUUACAAGGGCCUAGCACAGUCUGGAUCAUGGGGCUGUUUUGACGAGUUCAACCGUAUAGAGUUGCCAGUGCUGUCAGUGGCGGCCCAGCAGGUUGCGGUGGUCUUGGCAGCCAAGAAAGAGAAGAAAAAGACCUUUGUGUUUACUGAUGGUGAUGCCAUUGACAUGUGCCCUGAAUUUGGCAUCUUCAUUACCAUG